AUGAGUGGUCAUACAAGAUGGAGUCCAACCCCAGAGCAGCUCAUGACAUUACAAGAAAUGUAUAGGAAAGGAUUGACAAAUCCAAAUGCUGCUCAAUUACAAAGAGUAACAGAUCACUUGUCUUUGUUUGGCAAGAUUGAGACCAAAUUUUUUUUCUAUUGGUUUCAAAACCACAAAGCUAGAGAAAAAAAGAAGCUUAAGAAAAAGCUUCUUAUGCAAAUGAACCAACAGCAGCAAAUGUCUAUGAAUAACGACCUCGAUUGCAGCAACAAUUUACCUCUUUUUACUUCAUCGGCUAGAUUAAUGGCAGAAGUUGAAGAUGCAUCCACCAGACUGAUGAAUUCUCUCAGGAAUAUGAAUCCUCCUAUUCCAACAAAAUGUGAUAUGGAAACUUGCAUGAUGAGAGCACAAGGUCCACAUUUCAUAUUGAUGAUGGACAUAGUUCCAAAUCCAACUUCUCUUCCUUGUAUUAGUAGCAAUACACCCCUCAAAACCCUAGAGCUCUUCCCUGUCACAUCUUCCAGCAGCCUCAAGGACUUGGCAAAGGAAAUUUCAUAA